GUCCCUAAGGAAGUAAAAAGACAAUUACUUUUUGGAGAAGCUCUAAAAGAAGAUCUUUCUUCUAAAUUUUUAUCCCUAAAAGAUGACAAGUCCAAACAAAUAUUUACAAAGGCAAUAGAGGGUCCCAACUUGAGAAAAUAUAAACUACUGAAAGAUGCCAAACAAUUCCUUCCUCCAGGUUUAAGGAGGGCCAAUAGGAAUAGAACAGAAGUUUUUAAAUACGAAAGAAAAUCAUUUACUGGUUUUAGCUUUUUAAAAAAGACCAUACAUGACUUCUACUUACAAGAAGAAAACUCUCGUAUAUGCCCUGGUAAAAAAGAUACAGUUACAAGAAAAUGCCAAAAAAUGCAAAAAAGAUACCUAAACAAUACCUUAAAGAAUUUAUUUCACAAGUUUCAGUCAGAGUAUCCAUCAUUGAAAGUGUCAUAUGCCUUAUUUUGUAAAGUUCGCCCAUUUUGGGUCAUCUCUCAAAAAUUAACGGGAAGGGAUACAUGCCUUUGUAUACUGCAUGAAAAUGUAAAAUUGCUUAUAACAAGUUUAUAUACAAAUAAAAUAAUAUUGGAAAAGGACAUAGAUACACUUCUUGAAACUUUGUGCUGUUCAAAAUACAAUGAAGCAUGUUUGGAACGAAAAUGUGAAAAUUGCAAAUUUAAGAAGAUAUUCUACCAUGUGGAAGAUGAAAUGUGGAUAGAAAAUUUGAAUAUGAGAGGUGGAUUACGCUAAAAGAAAAACGAAUUAGUGUCAAAACUAAAAAGGACAUUCUUGUUCAGAUUACCAAAAAGGAGAAAGUGAGGUCUAAUCCAGCAACACUAAUUCAGAAAUUAGAACUAUAUCAAAAUAAAAUUUUACGACAUAUUUUGACAAUUAACCAUCAAUAUUCAGUAAUGAAGACAUUAAAAGAAAGCCUAACUGAAAAUGAAAUUCUAUUUCAUAUAGAUUUUUCCGAAAAUUUUCUCUGCAAGUAUGCAAAUAAAGCACAGUCUGUGCAUUUUGGAGCAUCCCGAGACCAAAUAACACUUCAUACUGGUAUGAUGUACCAUAAAGCAAAAAAGAGGGUUUUUGUACCGUCUCCAAGUCCUUAAGACAUGAUCCCGCCUCCAUAAUGGCACAUAUGGAAAUAAUUAUAAACCAUUACCAGCAUGAGUUAGAAACUGAAUUUAAAACAAUUCAUUUUCUCUCAGACAGUCCAAGCAGCCAGUAUCGAAAUAAAAAAAUGUUCUUUUACCUACAGCAAGUCUUACCAAAAUUAUUUCCACAAAUCCAACAUAUUUCUUGGAACUAUUCAGAGGCAGGACAUGGAAAGGGAGCUCCAGAUGGUAUUGGUGCAACCAUUAAAAGAACUGCAGAUCAACUCAUAACAUUUAACCAUGACAUAAACAACUUUGAUGUCUUUGUGAAAUGUAUUCAAGAAAACAUCAGCAAUAUACAUAUCAAAUGUCUUAAUGAAAAUAAUAUUGAAAAAUUUGAUGCUUUUCUGCCUCCACUACUAAAACCAUAUAAAGGGACAAUGCAAACACAUCAAGUAACUUGGAAUCACAUUACUCGAGAGCUGAGUUUUAGAACUUUAAGCUGCUUUAAAUGCAGCUUUGAGAAUUGUAUUCAUUAUGCGAUUGAAAAUAAAGUAGCGCCGCUACAGUCUUCAUAUUUAAGUGAGGAAAAUGACAAUGGAAGAGCCACUGCUCGGCCUACAGGAAUAGAAGAAUUUAGUGAAGAUACCUGGGUUACAGCUAUUUUUGAUAAUGAUUGGUAUCCAGGAAUCAUUGAAAAAAUUGAUCGAAACAUUAUGACUGUUAACUUUAUGAUGAAAAAUGGUAAAAGUUUUUUCUGGCCAGAUAUCGCUGAUCGUCAAACUGUGACUACUAGAAAUGGAAUCUUAUGUCAGCUAGUGCAUCCACCUGAACCAGUUUCCAAUAGAUUCUACAAAAUACAAGAAUAUGACUAUAUUGAUAAUUUAUUUAAAUCUUCAGUUUAGAUGUUGUAUGGUAAAGGAAUGAAAUCAAGUGAAUGGUUUCACAUAGCUGA